AUGGCGGACCACGAUCCUGAGGAUGGCCACAUGGCAUCUAAAUCUGAGCCAGAGGUUCAGCCAGAAGGCCAAGCCCUCUUGCAUCCACCUCCACCACCACACCAAGGCCCCCACGGGAAAGGGACCUCAGGAAAUCCUCAAACAAGAAGGAUCCAUUCUGAGGUCUACCAUCUUGAGGCUGAGGAUCAAUCUCAUACAACCAAGAUCCUGGAUCUUGUUCACGGCCAGGGGAAUCGAUUACAAUGGCUCAAGCACGAGGCCAAGCGAAAACGGAAAGUAGAACGGGAGUUACAAAGAGAAGUAAGAGCAGCUGCCAGUCCGCCACCAUCACCGCUAGCCACUCCUCAUCGUGGGUCGUCGGUGCUUCUCCCCUCCUUGCCCUGCUCCUCAUCGUUUCUGGCCGUCACCUCUUCUCUGCUUCCGUCAGUCUUCCCGUUGCUGCCUCUUUGCUCCGCACCGUGUCUCGUCGCCAUUGCAGACGUUGCUUCUCCUUUCCAUCGUCGCCUCUCAAAGAUCUGCUUGGAGCUGUUGACGUUGCAGUCUCUGUCGUCGUUGUCCUCGAGCCCUCUCUCUCCUUCUCUUUCUGUCCGAGCUGAAUUUUUUUUCCUCCUUGCCGUCACGUCCCUUCCUCCCUCGUUGCUGAGUUAAUUUUGUUGAUGGAAUUCUGAGUUGGGGUUGAUGGUUGAUUUUAACAGUGGUUGUUAAUUUUGUUAA